AUGGCUUUCGUCCCGGAUCUGAUGACGCUGCCGAGCGAAGUGAUGCGCGUUGUGAUGCAAUACCUGGAUAUGCACUCGCUCUGUGCACUUUCGCAAAGUUCACAAAGACUCCGCCAACAAGUGACCGAAUGGCCGGGAAAAUACUGGUCUACGAUUCGAUUCGCCCGCGAAGGCUUGGAGAUUUGGCAUGGCUUUUCUGUUUUGAAGUCCACCUACGAAGCUGCUCCCCUCUACCUCACCAACGCCAAGAUCGAGAUGAUGGAGUUCGAGCCUGAUGCGACCUUGCCAGAUGUUCCUGGAUUGACCGCCAAUCGUCUAGUAAUCAUUGGAGACGUCAGUGGCUCAAGGAUAUGCCAGCUGCUCGAGAGCGUCAAACCGUCCGCGCUGGUGUUAGAGCAACGACUGGCGACGUUUGAUCAUGUCGAAUCCUUUGUCGACCGCUGCAACGAGCAACUGCGGACGCUUCACCUGGACGAACUCUGCCCGCAGCUAAUAAGUUGCACACGUUCGCUCCACGUGCCGACGAUCGAUGUGUCUCAUGUUUCGGAUGCCCUUGAUUUCCAGCAGCUUUGCAAUUUUGUCAGACGCAUUUUGGAAGAAUGGCAAUGUGGAGUGAGGGAUAUUGUGGACAUCUAUAUCAGGGUCGAUGAUAUGAUCUUUCCCGAAGCCCGAAUGUUCGGCGACGCCUUCGAACUUGUUGAGGACGCCGAGUAUUGUUAUCGUGCCGUGAUAUGCCGUGCCGAUGGUGCGACGCUCCAAAUCGGCGUUUCCCAUUCCCGGAUUUCGUUAUCGGAAGCAAUUUGCGACAAUGCCACCAUUAAUCGUACCUCUGAAACCGUUGAUUCUUCGUACCUCGAUGACCUUGUAUCUAUCGUCGAAGAUUCCUUGAGCGAUUACGAAGUUUACGAUGACAUUUAC